GCCUGCUGACUGCAGGAAUGUCCACCAGAACUGUUGCCCAUGAAUUCAAUGUUCAUUUAUCUACCAUAAGCCGUCUCCAAAGGCGUUUCUGAGAAUUUGGCAGUACAUCCAACCGGCCUCACAACCGCAGACCACGUGUAACCACAGCAGCCCAGGACCUCCUCAUCCGGCAUCUUCACCUGCAAGAUAAUCUGAGAACAGCCACCCGGACAGCUGAUGCAACAAUCGGUUUACAUAACCAAAGAAUUUCUGCACAAACUGUCAGAAACUGUCUCAGAGAAGCUCAUCUGCAGGCUCGUCGUCCUCACCGGGUCUUGACCUGACUGCAGUUCAUCGUCGUAACCGACUUGAGUGGGCAAAUGCUCACCUUGGAUGGCGUCUGGCACUUUGGAGAGGUGUUCUCUUCACUGUAGUGUAUGGCGUCAUGUGGUCGAAGCGGACGAGUCGGAGAAGGAGCAAAUCAAAAUGGCGAGCCAAGAGGAGUCUGUGAGGGAGUUCGUCGCUGUUACUGAUGUGGAUGAGGAGAGAGCCCGGUUUUUCCUGGAGUCUGCUGGCUGGAAUUUGCAGCUCGCACUCGCCAGUUUCUUUGAGGAUGGCGCUGAUGACGACAUAGUGACGCUUCCUCAGCCUGAGUUAGGCUCCUCUGUGUCGCGGUCAGCUGGGCCAAGCGCUCAGCCCAGAGUGACAUCCUUCAGAGAUCUGAUGAAUGAGGCAGAGGAUGAGAGUGAUGAGGAGGAAGGCGAAAGGUUUUUUGCCGGGGGAUCAGAGCGCAGUGGGCAGCAGAUUGUUGGGCCUCCCAAGAAGAAGAGCUCCAAUGAGGUGGUGGAGGAUUUGUUCAAGGGGGCAAGAGAACAUGGGGCUGUUCCUCUGGACCGUCCUGGGAGAGGGCCAGGAGAGCCCAGCAAAGCCAAGGCCUUCAUCGGUGGAGGCUACAGGCUAGGUGCAGCUCCUGAGGAGGAGUCGGCCUACGUGUCUGGAGAGAGACAUGGCUCCAGAAGCCAGCAGGAUGUACACGUGGUGCUGAAGCUGUGGAAGACUGGUUUCAGUCUGGAUAACGGCGAUCUCAGAAACUACAGCGAUCCUGGAAAUGCUAACUUCCUUGAAGCAAUCAGACGAGGGGAGAUCCCUCUGGAGCUGAGGCAGCGGUCUCGAGGGGGCCAGGUCAACCUUGACAUGGAGGACCACAGGGAUGAGGACUUCUCCAAACCCAAGGUGGCCUUCAGGGCCUUUGGAGGUGAAGGACAGAAGUUGGGAAGUGCCACCCCAGAGUUGGUCAACGCUCCAGCCUCCAUCCAGCUGGACCAGGCAGCCAACGAGGCGCAGGCCAUCUCCACCGUGAGCCUCGACUCCUCCCAACCCGUCACUAACAUUCAGAUCCGACUGGCCGAUGGCGGCAGGCUGGUCCAAAGGUUCAACCUUAGCCACAGGGUGUCUGACCUGCGGCAGUUUUUGGUGGAGGCCCGGCCCCUCAUGGCUGCUAGAGAGUUUGUUCUCAUGACCACAUUCCCCAACAAGGAGCUGUCGGACGAGAGCCAGACGCUGGAGCAGGCCAACCUCCUCAACGCCGUCAUCGUCCAGAGGCUAAACUGAGGGGGAGAGUAAGAGCACCCCCCCCCCCCUCUGGUGGUGUGGCUGAGUAACUGCAGCCCUGUGAAACCUGCUGCCCCUUCUGAGGGAGGAGAAAAACACAGACUUGCGUAUGGACUUCUAAUUUCUGAUUUUUGUUUUUCUAAAGUGAAACAUAAGUUCUGUUCCCCCAGACCCCGACUGUCAACCUCCUCCCCCCUCUGUGGUCUGUGGCGGGGGAAACAAAAAAUCUUCCACUUUGGAACAGAGUUAAUUUAAGAGCUGUUGGAAAAGCCUACAGAUGCUGUUGGAUUGUGGUUUUGAUGUGGGGGGGGGUUUACCUGACAGCAGUAGGUGUAACCCAAAAGCACAGCAGCAGUCCAGCUUCCUGCAGAGAUGUUCACUAAACCUGAAUCUUGUUGUUUCUUUAACUUGCUCCCCACUUUUCCUCUUCUAUUAACCUUAGUUUGGCCCUUUAGCUCAGUUUACUAUCAGGUGCUGGGGCCUCACCAGAGCCAUCGCCACACAAGGAAUACUAGUCUUAUUACAGUACAUGUUGAUCAUGUGGUUUUGUACAUGUUUCCAUUUCCCUCCACAUGGGGAGAGAAGUGUAAUGGUGACAAAACACUGAAGGGAUCUUUUCUUUUCUUUUCUUUUUAACCUAUACCAGUAGCCUUACGCGCCUUUUAUUCCCCUCCAGAACUACACCUGUCCCAUUGAUCAAAAGAAGAUGGAAUUAUUUUUUUAAACUGCCCCCCCUCCAUCUUUUUUUUUUCUUUUUCUUUUUUCUUUACAGACUGUAGGAUUGUCCCAGUUUAGACGGUGGCGUUUUGAAAUGGUGUAACAUGAAAAUCUGUUGCACGUGGCUUUAUUGUCAAACCAAUGGUUGAGCAGAAGAACAUAUAGAUUGUAAACACUGGUUUGUAGAAGUUGAAUUCCUAUGACACACUGACAUCUUCUAUGCAUCCUGGGGCAACACAGAAAUAUGUUUGGACCUCUGGUAAAAUAAAUCCAUUUUAUGGUUGAUGUAUGAAGAA